GCCUUUGACAAAACCAUGGCAAAGGACAACUCCCUGGCUGUGGGCUACUUCCAGAGAGGGUUUGUCCACCUGCAGCUGGAAAUGUACGAAGAAGCUGUCUCUGACUAUCACAUGGCCUUCAGUCACCUCAGACAAAAUCCCUUCAUUGAUUACAAGCAGCUGGGGCUGAGGCACAUCCUCUAUGCAUGGGAGGUGCUGUACAGCACUGCAGCAGUGCAGUGCCACCUGCAGCAGUGGCGGGAGGCCAGAGUAACCCUCGAGAAGGCUGUGGUGUGGAGACCUGAGAGAAGAACAGCAAUCCUGGAGCUGGCUCUGGAGCGGGUGAAGGACCAGCUGUUUCUGGAGCCCAUGCAUGUUCCUCUGAGAGAGCUUUUCAGACCACGAAAGAAUGAAGUCGAACAGUUGGAUUCCAAAGAUUUCCUGGGUAAACCCAAGGUGAUCUCAUCCAUCAUUCCCAAUGAUGAGUACAUUGGCUUUGAGCCUCUCAGGCUUCAGAAACAAGGAAUUUAUGAACCCAGUGCUGAUGCUCUGAGGGACAGUGAGUCAGGAUACCACCGAGUUGUGGCCCAGUACUGCCCUGAGCAUUCACAGGAGCUGGUGGUGAAAGCUGACAGUUUGGUCUUUGUGCUGACCAGAGGAGCUGAUGGCUGGGCUACAGUCAUCCACGAUGGACAGAAGCUGCACAUCCCAAGCUCUCUCCUGGAGCCUGCCUCAAGGAUGGAUAAAUGG